AUUAGUGGUAUGGUUUAAUAUCCUCGCUGUGUAUGACGAAGGAUCAUGAGAAUGGCUCAAAUCAAGCCAUGCGAGGAACCACUCUGCAGAUAGAGUUAUGCAAGGUCAUUUGCCUCCGCGUUUCAUCCCUAUGGCUCCCCGGCUAGUCCUCAUAUGCAUGGUCCCGUCCUUUAUACCCACAUCCACCACCAGCAGUCAUGGCUGAAAACGACGCCCAUCCGCGCAAGAUACACAUCGAGACACACUUUGGAAAGGCUCGACGCCUCCGCAGCAGAAAAGACCGUCCCUGCGAUGCUUGUCGCCAACGAAAGUCUGCCUGCAUCAUCACGGUGCGGCCGCCGUGUAUUCUCUCCCUCCCGAAUGCAAGUCUCAGAUUGGGCUGAGCCUCACCGCUGACUCACUAUACACCUACAGGUAGAUACUGCGAGAGCAAGCAUCAAGAUUGCACAUUCAAAUCAAGCCCAACACAACGAGUGAGGAGGACAGCCCCCUAUGCCAGUUCGAAAGCUCCCUCUCGCAGGACUCCCUCGGAGAAGGCAUUGCCAGGAAUGCUUGGGAUUGAUCUGCACAAUGAUCCUUCAACGCCGGCCUACUGCCCGGAGCAGGAUCUCGUUUCUUCUUCUCCACUUCUUGAUCUCCCUACGCUCUACCUUCCACAGACACGGCUGCCUUUCAACGAACCCGAUAGCUGUUCAGAUCACCAGAGCCCGAUUGCGUACCAUCAAGGAAAGGGCUCUCCCUCAAUCCAUGGACAUAGCCCCACAAACACAUUGAAGCCCCCCGGGGAUACACUGGAAGAGACUAAGGGGCUCACGGCUCAUUUCCUGGGGCUGUCUAGUGACCAAGAUGCAGACUUGCUUUCGUCCUUCCGGUCCAACAUCCUCAACGAGACCAGUUACGUUGACGUCAAUAUCCGACAGGUUUUCGCCGGAGAUAGCGCGCAUAACCUGCCUCCUAUCCACUUCAAUAUCGUCCAUGAUUUGUUUCCUGAACGCGACAAUCGUAUCAGGCAGAGAGCCUCUGAAAGAAUCGAAGAAUACGUACAACCUCACGCGGACGCUUUGGUUCGUCUAUAUUUCCGCUUUGUACAUCCAUCACUGCCAGUACUUUCGAAGGCCCGCUUCUUACAAUCAUACUGCGAAAAUCGACUCGGUAUCCCAGCUUCAUUGCGCGGAGUUAUCUAUGGUCUGGCUUGUUCCUUCUGGGAUCGUGAUGAGACACUCAGUCCUCUACCUGCUCUCCACAGGUCCGAGCUAUUCGAGAAUGCCCAUGCAGCACUUCUCAGCGAACUCGAUUCUCCAAAAUUGGCUACUCUACAGUCAUGCUUGCUUAUUAUUCAUGACAACCCUCCGAUGACACAUACGACGGAAAGCCCUCGGAAUUGGACACUUGCCUGUCAGGCUACCUCGUGUGCGCAGAGUCUUGGACUCCAUAUGGACCCGUCGCUAUGGAACAUACCGAUGUGGGAAAAAUGUCUUCGAAAGAAACUGUGGUGGGCGACAUUUGUCACGGAUAAGUGGUCUACUAUGAGCCAUGGGAAUCCAUCUCAUAUCCCUCAAAGUUCCUUCAACACCAUGGAUGUAACCCUGGAUGAUAUUUUAUGCGACGAGGAUGUAACAUGCUCACCCUACGCUCAUGUAUUACUGGAAUCAGAUCACAGUCCCAACCUGGCUCGAGCAAGGUCCUUCUAUGAGACUGUUAGGCUGGCCAAACAACUUAGCACAUUGCUACAUUACUCGUUCACUAUCCGUAGCAAUCCUCUGCUUCCUACUGCGGGCACAGAACCCGGAGUAAUCGACCAUUCCGUCUUUCUGUUGAAAUCCGAACUGGACACAUGGUAUUCAACUUUGCCACGGUGUUUGAAACUUGAUCUCAUGACGGGCGCAGGAGAUAUAUGCUCAAAUGGGCCCCUUCAUUUAGCGUUCUUCGCGGUGAAAGCAUUGGUGCUGCGAGUAAUCAUGUCUCCAGCAACAACGCUUGCGAAGUCAAAUUCAUGCUCGAACCUCAACAGAUAUUUCCAGUCCAGCUUGGAGGAAUUCAAACCCUUUGUAACUCUAGUGACUAGUAUCAAGCCUGCGGAUCUAAAUGCUUUCUGGGGUCGAAAUGCAAGGACGCAUCUUGUCCAUUGCGGAAAUUUCUUGAUAUAUCUCUUUCUCUGUGCGUCUACGGUCGAGCAGGUGCAGGAGUCGUAUUCGCUUUUAGAAGCAUACCACCACGCGCUUCGAUUCUUGGCUACCACGAUGGAUAAUCGAGGUAUGAGGAUGCUAAGACCUGCUUUACUGCGGAUCGAGUCAUUCUUUCAGGAGGCACUCGAGAUCAUGCGGAAGGGGACGAGUGGUGAUUGA